AUGGUAUCAAUUAUAAAUUAACCUAAAAGGUUAUAUCAAUUCAAAUUAUGUGUGAUCAAACAUUAAUUGGAUGUGAUGAGUGUUUGGCUCAUAAUUUCAGUUAUGAUUAAAAAGCUGAUUUUUCAAAUGAUCGUGAGUUUGAAAAGAUUAGAAUAAAAUGA